AUGGCUAACAGCAAUUUUUUGGCCUCCUCCUCGAUUUUCUUCUGUUUCACUUCCUCCUACUUCAUCUCUUCCCUCUCGCUUGACUUGUCUCCUCCUCCUCCUACACAUCUUCUGCUUCUAAUAACAUGGCUAACAGCGAUUUCUUGCAUCCUUUUCGUUUUUCUUCAGUUUUAUUUCCUCCUCCUCCUACUUCUACUUCUCUCCCUCCUUGAUUCCUCGAUUUCUUGCCUCCUCCUCCUCCUCCUCCUUUUUCUUCUGUUUCACUUCCUCCUCCUCUUUCUACUCUUUCUCCCCGCUUCAUUUGUCUCCUCCUUCUCCUCCAUCUCCUUCUACUUCUUCUCCUCCUUCUCCACUUUUAGCGACAUGGCUAAUAGCGAUUUCUUGCCUCUUCCUCCUUCCAUUUGUCCUGUUUCUCUUCCUCCUCCUUCUCCUCCUGCUUCUCUUCCUUUCUGCUUCACUUCUCUACUACUCCUCCUCAUUCUACUUCUAGCGACAUGGCUAACAGCGAUUUCGUGCCUCUUCCUCCUUUCCUCCUGUUUCACUUCUUCCCCAUUUCCUUCCUCUCCUCCUACACCUCCUUUCCCUCCUCCCCCGUCCCUCCUCCUCUACUUCUGGCUAAUUGUUCUUUCUUGCUUCCUCCUCCUUUUCUUCUGCUUCUCUCCCUUUUCUCUAUUUUCCUCCUCUUCCAACUCCUCAUUUCCAUCCUCCACCUCCUUCUUACUCUACUUCCAACGACAUGCCUUCUUCUCUAUCUGCUUAUCUUCCUACGCUUCCUCUUUCUCCCCUUCCUCUUCCUCCUCCUUCUUCAAACGAAAGAAUAACUAUUUCUUUCUUUAUGCUCUUCCUUCUGCUUCUUAUCCUCUCCCCAUGCUUUUCUUACCCUCCUCCUCCUCCUCCUCCUAA